AUGAAAUAUUUGGUUUGUGUAGACGGAUCGCAUUCAAGUCGACUAGCCGCUUCAAAGGCUAUCUCUAUGACAGGUGAAGAGGACACUUUGAUAUUUUUAUCAGUAUUCCCACCACUACCAAUAGACAAUUCACAAUGUUCGCCAAGUAAAUAUACGCUCUCUAAAAUGGUCAUUGAAAUGAUAUCAGGUGUUCCUGACCUCGUUGAUACCACCGAAGACACUAUCCAACAAAUUAAAAAUUCAAACAAAAAGAGAGAUAUGGCUGUAAAAGAAUUACAUUAUUUUAAAGAACAACCAAUUCCAACUCAAGAAACAAAAUAUUUAUUAGUAGGAUCUGAAGAUAUAUCUGAAUCGAUUACAUCAGUUGCUGAUAAAUUCCAAGUUGAUUGUGUUGUAAUGGGAUCAAGAGGAAUGGGUAGUAUCAAAAGAUUAUUAUUGGGAAGUGUAUCAUCCCAAGUUUUACAAAUGUCACAUUGCUCAGUUAUGAUUGUUAGAUAA